GACUCUCAUUCUUUACUCUUCAGUCUCAGAAAGAAGAUGCCUCAAAUCUCUCGCUCACUCUCUCGCUUCAGCUCGGUGAUCCCUUAAAUCUCAGAGUGAUUUUAGAAUAGGAAUCCAUUGGAAUCAUCUCGGUGAUUUAAUUUGUUUACCUAUUCCAUUUACAUAGAAAUCACUGAGAGACUCAUCUCUCUCUCUCUCUCUCUCUCUCUCUCCUCUGCCGAUCUCAUCCACACUCACCGCCGCUGCUGUCUUCUCAUUAUCGCCUCAGAUCGACAGCUACAGUGGUGGAAGAGGAUGGCGGUGGUGGUGCUCGUUGAAGAAAAGAACAAGAGACGAGAUCUGAAGGAUUUCGAACUAAUUAAAGCCAGAUCUAAAGGUUUCAAAGAACACCUGAUCCAAAUGUGGGGGUUUCGAAUCAGAUAUGUUGGACUUUUGAGGAUGACGUUUUUGUUCCCAAAACAAUUAGUGGUGAUGAAAGAAAGGCACAUGUGGGCAAUUGACAUCAAGAACAUACUUGUUCAACAUGCUUCUUAUUAUGAUUUUUUAGAUAGUGGAAGCAAACCCCAACCAGGCCACCAAAGUUCCUAUCAUGAAAUCCCAAAGAAGAGCCAUUUGGAUAGCAACCUAGAUAACCAGACACUACAGGAAGAUACUCCACAAGAAACUCCCUCUUCUUCUUGUUCAUUUACUCUCUCUUUUUCGAAUACCAAACAGGGCAUUGAUGUGGCAAAGUUACUAAAUGCAGUUACAGAUAGCCUAGUUUCCUUGGAAAGCAGCAGCCAAAAGAACCAAACAAAGAAAG